UCAUUUCCGCUUGUAUUACCGUAUGAUUCAGGCUACAGUUAUCGACCUAUAACUGUUCGUCAAAUACUGAACGGUUUAUUUGCAUCUGGUGCUGACAAUGAUUGAUUUGAAAGCAUGGGCAGAAUAUGUAGUGGAGUGGGCAGCCAAAGACCCGUAUGGCUUCCUCACCACGGUUAUCCUGGCAUUGACCCCUCUGUUUAUCAUCAGUGCCCUGUUGUCCUGGAAACUCGCCAAGAUGAUAGAGGCAAAAGACCGUGAUCAGAAGAAGAAACAGAAACGACAGGAGAACAUUGCAAAAGCCAAGAGAGCCAAGAAGGAUUGAGCUGGACACCAUGAGACGUAGAGGGGUCAAAUAAAUACCCCGAUCUCUUGAUAAAUCAACUUCCAUCAUAACCCAGGACAGUUAUGACUUAUGGGAUCUGGAGCAAGACUGGGCUUAAAGGAGGCCUUUCUGAGGGAUUGAUUGAUCUCAGUGGCAGGACUGCAGUACUUUUCUAGAAUAUUAUUAAUGCAGUAAAUAAUGCUCUGCAUACUUGUGCAGUAUUCUGCAUUCCAUUUUUUACUGGUUUGUUUAUUCUUGCCAUUUCCAAGUUAAAUCCAAUUAACAGUUAAUUUAUGGUUUUUUAAUAAUAAAACAUAUUAACGUGAUUUGCCUCAAAAUGGUCUAAUGUCUGUGAUUACUGUAUUUCUAAAUCUUAUUUAACACAGACUGUAUGACAUAAUUUGAGAUUAAUUGCAUAAAACACUUAAUUUGAAUGAAACACUAAAAUUUUAAAUUUCUGUAAUGAUGUAAAAUUCUUAUUCUGCUGAGAUUCUUCAAGAAAAUGCAUACAUUGAUCCACUCCAAUGAAAUGACAUUUCAUUUAAUCAAAUACAUGGUAUGCUUUUGCAUAAUUGUAUGAAUUAUACAUUGAAAUAACAAUAUAAAGCAAUUCAAUCAUC